CCAUCAUCCAUACUCCCCAACUCUUUAACCCUUUAAAAACGAGCAGCGAACAAGACUCUUUAACAACCACCACCUCAUCUCUCUCUCGUUGGUCUUAUUCUCUGGGAUGUAAGAUGUAAACAGUUUAGAUUUUGAACUGAGUUAGACUGCAGCAGUGGAAAACGGCUGCAGUUCACAGUACCAUUGACAAGCUGGCGGAGUUGGGCUUCAAAAGCCAGGAGAGUUUGUGAAGGAACGUUGUUCGGUGAAGCUUCCGGAGAGAAGCCGCUGCGGUCACAACUCUGGCAUCUUCUCAAUCCAGUGCAUGCGCUGGUCCUUCUUUUUCCUAUCUCCGUUCGUGUUUGCGUUGGUCCCCGUCAUUAGUUUCACGCCUUCCCAUUGAUUAUGGCUAACUUUUGAUUCAAAAAGGGGGAAAAUUUCCGAUGUAAUCUACUUUUACUGAGAAUUUUUCUGCCAUCGUUCAAGUGUCGGCCAUUAGAGAUGUGAGCAGCAAUAGCAUAGAAGGAAGAGGACAAAAUCAGCAAAGGUGCAGUACUACCAUUUUCUUGAGGAUUUUGAGCCAGCGCAUCUGCUAAAAUGAUAAAAUUCAACUGCUUCACUUCACGUUUCAGAAGGAAGAAGAAAUAUAAGGGGGAUGAGGAAACUCUGAAAAAUGGUGAACGCAAGGGCUUGCAAACACUGCAAGUCAAGAUUGAACAGCCGGUGAAAUCGCCUGCGACUGAAGAGUUGAAAUUGACCACUUUCAGCUUUGCAGUACCUCUUAGUAUCCACGACAACUCUCAGUGCAGUGUCAAGAUUAUGAACCAGGAGAAUCCUGUUCGGAUUGAGACGGCAGAGAUAGCUUAUGAAGGUGAGGAUGAGCAUGAAGAGAACUCCCCAAUCAAGAGGGAUUUCUCUGACCUCGAUCUCACAGCUCAAGAAGAUAUUUCUGGUGACAGAGACUUAUAUUCCAGAAACAAAAACAUGGAUUUCUCCGAUGCAUUUGAUACUAGGGUGGAAGAACAAUUUGAUGACAAAGCUGAGAAAGAGAGUGAAAAUGGUAUUGAGAUGAGUAAAAGCGGACAUGUUAGUGAUCCCGGGAUUGGGAAAGCAGAGUUCUGGACUUGCCCAAAGCUUCAGCGCUCCUGCUCCAACGUAGAAUCAAGGAAUGUGCUUAGGAAGAUCGUUGAUCAGUUGCCUCCCUCCAAGUCACAGUCUUUUGAAGAGUUGCAGUAUUUAUCUGAAAAGGUGAGGGAGAAAGUUGAAACUGGCAGCCCCAGAUCUGAAAUGACCCACUUUAGUGCAGACAGAGUGAUGUUAAAGAAGCAUUCCUCAAGCCAAGUUCUCCCCUCUAGGAGUAGAAGAUUGUGGUGGAAAUUGUUCCUCUGGAGCCAUAGAAACUUGCAUAAUGGACGGACCCUGAAAUCGCGUCCACCUCCUGCUGCAGCUGCUUUGCAUCCGCAAGGUGGGUACUCUUCUGAUACACUAGAACCAAACCAAGCUAUCGAGUCGAUCAAAAUGGCAUCACCUGGAUCAGUUACUGGAGAGUCUAUGAACAAAGGACACAGUAACAACAAUAAUGAUUACAAAAGCUUGAAUACUUUUCAGUAUGGAGUUUCUGGUUUGUGGCACCAGAAUCAAUGGGUUGCCUUCUCUUCGGAACCAUCACCCUUUGCAAGAGUGGAUGAGUGGGUGAAAGAUCUGGAAAUCCAAUAUCCGCUUCCAGUAAAUGGUAACUGUGAAAAUGAGGAGGAUAUUCUCUUCCCACCUUCUCCUAAGACUGCUAGAUCACCAGCAAGAAGUACAACCCAAUUGAUCCGUGGGCGGCAUGAGAUCAAUCUUUCCGAGGAGAUUUUGCAUGCCAAUAGUAUCAUCCAGUCUCUGAAUUCAUCAUCAACUGUGGCUCACAUCUCGGGUAUUGGCUUAAAAGUUAUCCCCACCAUUUCAAGCUUCUCCAGGCUUCGAUCUGUCAACUUGUCAAAUAACUUCAUAGUCCAAAUUACUCCAGGAUCUCUUCCAAAGGGCCUACACACACUCAAUUUGUCAAGAAACAAGAUCAGUACCAUUGAAGGACUCAGAGAACUGACACGACUGCGGGUGCUUGAUCUCAGUUACAACCGCAUCUCUAGAAUCGGACAUGGGCUGUCAAACUGUACAUUAAUUAAGGAGCUCUAUCUUGCCGGUAACAGGAUUAGUGAUGCUGAGGGGCUACAUCGGCUAUCGAAGUUAACAGUCCUGGAGCUGAGCUUCAACAAAAUAACGACAACAAAAGCACUGGGCCAGCUUGUAGCCAACAACGACACUCUGCAGGCACUCGAUCUGUUGGGAAAUUCAAUCCAGAGCAAUAUCAGUGAUGACCAGCUGCGCAAAGCAGUUUGUGAUCUCCUUCCAAAGCUAGUGUACCUGAACAAGCAGCCAAUUAAAUCUCAGAGAGCAAGAGAGGUCCUGACAGAUAGUGUUGCCAAAGCUGCACUCGGGAACAGCAGUCCGAGCUCUUCUAGAAAAGCAGGGAAGAGAGUGAGCCAAGGCAGAUCACUUUCCUCCAUUGGGCAUAAGAGCAGUGCAAAUGUUUUGCAAAAAAGCAGGAGCAGGUCGAAGGGUCAAACUCAUCAGCACUUAUCCCUAAAGAUAGCGCCAUCUGCACAGGUUGCUGCAUCCCAUUAGAUGUUUUCACUUCUAAAAUUUAUUCAAUACAUAAGCUUUCUGAAGUUUUCAGGAACCGCAUUCGUGGGUUUGGUGGUUGUGCGACUGUUGCAGACACGAAAUGCAAUGCAGUCUUGAGGUCUUUCAAUUCUCGUUUGCUCUCAUUCACUAAGGGCAUGCACAAAAUACUGUUCUCUCUUUUAGUCAAAACGGAUUGCUGUGGCGUUAACUAGCAAGUGCAUUCACCUCUAUGUUAAUUUGACAAGUCAAA